AUGGAGAACGGCUCGGCCAGCCCGGGAGCCGCGCUGGGCGACAGCGGCAACCAGACCCUGGGCAGGAUGCCCCGGCAGCCGCUGGAGCUGCAGGUGGUCACCAUCCUGCUGGUGCUGCUCAUCUGCGGGGUGGGCAUCGCGGGCAACGUGAUGGUGGUGCUGGUGGUGCUGCGCACCAAGCACAUGGUGACCCCCACCAACUGCUACCUGGUGAGUCUGGCGGCGGCCGACCUCAUCGUGCUGCUGGCAGCCGGGCUGCCCAACAUCUCGGAAGUGGUGGCUUCCUGGGUGUACGGCUACGCCGGCUGCCUCUGCAUCACCUACUUGCAAUACCUGGGCAUCAACAUCUCGUCCUGGUCCAUCGCCGCCUUCACGGUGGAGCGCUACAUCGCCAUCUGCCACGCCAUGAAGGCGCAGCUCCUCUGCACCGUGUCCCGCGCCAAGCGCAUCAUCUGCUCGCUCUGGCUCUUCACCUCCCUCUAUUGCCUCAUGUGGUUCUUCCUGGUGGACACCACCCAGGCCACCUUCUCGGAUGGGGCACAAGUCAGCUGUGGCUACCGGGUCUCCAGAAGCCUUUACAUGCCCAUUUACUUCUUGGAUUUUGCCAUCUUCUACGUCAUCCCGUUGGGGCUGGCGACCGUCCUCUACGGCCUCAUUGCCCGCAUCCUCUUCAUGAGCCCGCUGCCCGCCGCCCCCCAGCUCUGCCCGGGCUCCACGCACCAAGGCACCUCCCUCAAGUUCUCCUCCCGGGGCAAGAAGGGGGCCCUGAGCUCCCGUAAGCAGGUGACCAAAAUGCUGGCUGUUGUGGUGGUUCUCUUCGCCCUUCUGUGGAUGCCUUAUCGCACACUGGUGGUCGUGAACUCCUUCAUGGACCCUCCUUACCUGAACAUCUGGUUCCUUCUCUUCUGUCGCAUGUGCAUCUACCUGAACAGUGCCAUCAACCCCAUCAUCUACAACCUCAUGUCCCAGAAGUUCAGGGCUGCCUUUAAGAAGUUAUACAAGUGUGAAGAGAACAGUGCUGAGAACCCCAUGCCGUACACGGCCCCGGUGUACUACAGUGUCAUGAAGGACUGUUCUCAUGACAGCUCUGAUCACAAUGUCAUCAAACAAGAAGAUCUCAACAGUCUCCCUCAGCCUGCAAAGAAGAACAAGCCUGGCAAAUAACUCCUGGGACCCUGCAACAGCACAGGCAGUGGGAGCUAUGCAGCUGUGUGCACUGUGUUGGGAAAGCGCCAACACAAAUUGCUUUGGCAUUGCAGCAAGCUUAAUUUAAUACCUCUCCA